GAGAUUUCAUCUUUCUCCCCAUCUUCUCUAUACUGCGAUGUUGGUGGCUAUCGAUAUGUGAUAGAGGGAGAUAGAGAGACACUCAGAGAGAUAGAGAGAGAGAGAAGUGAGCAGUGUAGUUUUGUCUUUCAGUCAGUUUCAAAUGCUUUUUUUGGAUACCUAAAUGAUAAAUUUACUGAUAACUACUCAUAAUCAUAUGGACAAAAAGCAUUACGCUUAACUUUCGAAAUCAUUUUAAUUUUUGUAUAAAUUACAGAGAAUCUUCAAGUCUUAUGAUUUUCUUUGCUUGAGUAAUGACAGAAUGAAUCGAGGUCAUUCGAAUGGUUUGUAUAUUCAUAACACAACAUUUGACAUCAGCAAUAACAAAGAAAGACGAUCUUCCGAUACAAGCGGGAUAAGGGAAAAAUCGGAGUAUUAUUUAUCUUGUGAAGAGGAGGGCAGGUUGCCGCAGUGUCCAUUAUCCAACUCAGGGGAGUGCACAGACAAAAACCCUACUGAAAGAGGCAGUGGCAAAGAUGUGUUCACAAAUCAAAAUGUGACCACAACAAACAGAAAGGCAGAAUCAGUAAAACAAGACCUACUGACUUUGAACACAACCUUGAGUGAUUUAAAACAUAAAAGUCAAACUCCUGUAGGCAACAAAGCUUCUUACAAUGAUAAACGGAGUAAAAACGCCAAGCAUAAUUCACUUUCAGAACCAUCUUGUUUCUUUCUGAAAUUAAAUCGAAAACGAAAAACCAUCUGUGAGAUGAGUCAUACCUUGAAUCAUUCUCAUCUUCAUGAUAAUGCACACAAAGAUUCACUUGGUUCCACGAAAGUGUUGUUUUCUCAGACUAUUGGUAAUAAAUUCACACAGAGUAAUGAAAAUUCUUGUAAUAUAAUAGAAAAUGUGCAGAAUCCUGAUAUCUUCCAUUCAUCUUAUGUUAGAUCGCUUUCAACAGUGUCUUCCCCAUACAUAAAUGAUCGAUUUUUAUUACGGACUAAUUCCAAUCUUCCGGAGACAAAGUACGAUAAUGAUGAUGCAUAUCCCUGUAGACUGUCUACAAGACAAUCUUACGAUAUGAAUAGUAGGAAUAAGCAGAUUUUUCAUUAUCAUCGCCACCGUCGUAAACCGAUAGACCAGCAUUUAUCCCCUGUGCCAGUGUUGUCCACACCAAGUUCCAGAUCUAGACGUGCAUUGUUGAAUGUCGGUGGAUUUAGACAUGAGAUUCUUUGGCAAACUGUUGAUCGUUAUCCUAACACUCGCCUAGGAAGGAUACGUCAAGCGACAACAAUGGAAGAGCUAUUAAAUCUAUGCGAUGACUAUGAUCCUGUAUGCAGGGAAUACUUUUUUGAUCGUAAUCCAACAACUUUUUCAACUAUACUAAACUUUUAUCGAUCGAAAACACUUCAUUACAAUGAUAGUAUUUGUGUAAUGGAUUUUAAAGCUGAGUUAUUGUAUUGGGGUGUGAAUGAAGGCCUUAUCCAGGCGUGUUGUUCACAUCGUUAUCAUCAGCAAAAAGAUAUGAUUGAAGAAGAGAUUCGCAAAGAGGAGAUUUGUUUUCGUCAGUCAACAACUGUUGAUGAAUUCGGAUCUGGAUGUUAUGCAAAUUUGAAAAGACAAGGAUGGGAUCUGCUAGAAAAACCGCAUACAUCAAGGGCUGCUAGGGUGUUUGCAAUAGUCUCCAUAUUCUUCAUCCUGCUGUCGACGAUUGGUUUGACGUUGAACACAAUACCAGAAAUGCAGAUGAAUACAACAGAAAAGCACACUGAGAAUGAAACAUUCCACAAGACUAAUCACUCAACCAUAAAAGAUGAACAUUCAACCAGUGAAUUAAAAGACAACCUAUAUUUGGAUAUUGUUGAAACUAUUUGUAUUUCAUGGUUCACAUUGGAGUAUUUACUACGCUUAUGGUGUUCACCGGAUAAGCUAAAAUUUCUUAAGCGUAUACUAAACAUUAUCGAUUUGAUAGCUAUUCUCCCCUUUUACAUACACGUCCUACUCAUUGAAGUUGUUACCCGACAUCAUAAUGAAUCAUUGCAUUCGCUGAGAAAGAUUGUACAGAUAUUUCGUAUACUGCGUAUUCUACGAAUAUUUAAACUUGCUCGACAUUCAACUGGCUUACAAGCACUCGGUUAUACAUUCAAACGUUCUUAUAAAGAAUUAGGUCUCCUGAUGCUGCUUAUCGCUUUAGGCGUAGUCUUAUUCUCAAGUUUAGUGUAUUUCGCAGAAAAAGACGAUAAUGCUGAAAUGUUUCGUAGUAUACCAGCAGCUUUUUGGUGGGCGACAAUUACAAUGACCACAGUGGGUUAUGGAGAUAUGCUGCCGAGAACAGUGUUAGGCAAACUGAUUGGUGCUUGCUGUUGUAUUUGUGGUGUACUUGUUGUUGCCCUGCCUAUUCCGAUAAUUGUGAACAAUUUUGCUGAUUUUUAUAAGGAACAUGUUAGACGUGAAAAAGUUUUAAAGCGUAUAGAUGAAAUGGAACGAUUACAUCAUUCACAAGAUUUGUUUAUCAGUCGUACUGGUGAUGUAAAUGUCUUUUUCGAUUCUAUAAAUCAGGAUCAUGAUGAUAGCAAAACUAUUCUGAUGAAUAAAAUUAUAUGA